UUAGCAGCCUUGAUCGCCUGCGCUGCCGCUGGCAAUCCUGAGGAUGAACAUGCCGAAGCUACUCUCUUAAAAUCCGAUGUUAGAGCUGAUGGUUUUGAUUCUGCUUUAGAGACCACCAAUCACAUCCAUCAAGUAGCCUCCGGUGAUGAACAUGGCAAUAUUCAUGGUGAUUUCGAAUGGGUUUCUCCCGAAGGUGAACAUGUUGCUGUCAAAUAUGUGGCCGAUGAAAAUGGUUAUCAACCCAGCAGUGAUGUUUUACCCACUCCCCAUCCUAUCCCUGCUGCCAUCUUGAAGGCUAUUGAAUACAUCCAUGCUCAUCCACCAAAGGAAGAAUACCAUCAUUAAAUUUUGUUAAAAUACUUUAAAACGACAAUAAAAAGGGC